ACUCCCUCCCACAGGUUCAGGGGAACUUCACUCAGUCGUCCAUCCCCGUGUGGAGAGGAGUCGAGAAUUUCCUCUUUGAAACCUGACAGCGCUGACAAGCAGGCCCCCAUCUUUGGACAUUCAGAGCAGAUACAACAUCCAUCAGGAUCAGAUGAUGAGGAGCAGAGUGGGGCUGUGUGUGCUGGGCCUGCUGUGCCUCCACAGCUCAGUCUUUGCACAGGCACUGGAUGUCCAGCCCGGCGUCCUGAUCUUCUGUGACGAUCCAUCUGUGGUGAUGGCUGUUAACAGCGCUGUUAACAAGUUCAACGACAGGCUGAGCACCGGAUACAAGCUGGCCCUCUAUCAGAUACUAACAGCCAGCAAGUCAGAGAAUGGCUCAGACUCGGUGUACUCACUGCAGUUCACCAGCAGGAGGAGUGACUGUCCAGCUGGGAGCAACAUACCCUGGACAGACUGUGGCUACCUGCCUCAGGGACGCAAGGAGCCGAUGUCAUGCAACGCCACGGUCUACAUGACAGAGACUGAAGCUGACACUACACAGGUGGACUGCCUGCUCGGUGAGUGAAAACAAACCCAGUGU